AUGCGCUCUCUUGCAUGGCUUGUAUCCCUUCCCAUGGUGGCUGACGCGGGCGAAGUCCUAUGGAGCGGGUUCUUCAACGCCUCCGCGACUGUUGCUGAUUUUGAUAAGUGUGGGUAA